CUAUACCCCAAUCGCUCUUCUGAUAUUCCCAACAAAGCCUUGAGGAAUGACCAGCUCUUUAUAAUCAAAUCAACGAACCAGUACGAAAAGACAUGUCGGCUCUUCAACCACGACCUCUAGCUCCUCGAGCUGCUGCUGCUCCAGCACCCAUAACAACCAAAAUUGCCUCCACUCCUCUACAGAAGGUUGAACGGCAGUAUACUAAAUUUCUUGCCAAACGAUACAUGUCUGCCUACUUGGGCAGAGUAGCUCUUUGGACAGUUUUGGUACUUGCUGGAGCAUCUGUUUGUGUCACUGGCUCCGCCUCCUCCGGCCUUUACGCCCUCAUUUACGCCAUCCCCACCUUCAUCUCCCUCGCCAUCAUCCUUAAGCUCCGGAAAUCGUUCAUCACUGAACCCUACCGCCCCGCCCCCCAAACCUCUGUCGUCCAACUAUUCCUCUCCUCCUUCUGGGACCCGAGAGCCAUCACGCUGCUCGCGGCGUACUAUGUGUUUGGGUUGACUGUGUCGAAUGCGUGGUUGAGUUUGUUGGGAAGGAAUAAUUUGGGAUUCUUCACUCCUACCAUGUACGUCCAUUUUAAAUGUUUCUGUGGGUUCAAGCUGCUCAGGAACGACAGUCGACACCCGUGGCAGCUCAAUGAGCACCGAGUCAUCCUCGUCUUCUCCAACGCAUGCCUUCUCACCACCAUCGCCGCCCGUGACAUCCUAGGUGAUAAACUUAAACCCACAUGGCCGACAGAAAGGAAACCUUUGGGCAAAGCCGUCCAGGCAGCUCUUCUCAGCGAAGUCUGGACGUCCACCCGGAUCGGAUUCACAUUCUCAUGGUCCGUCAUUGCGCCUUUUGCCUACUGCUGGUUCGGUAUCAGGACUUUUGUAUGGCAGUGGGCCAACUGGAGGAUCCUCGCUUCAACUGUCCGACCGUUCGUGGGCAAUUUUGCUCGCCAGACGUCCAAGACGCCUAGUCCGUGGUCGCUCCUCGGCCCGAUGCUGGUGUUGAACUUUGUGGCGCUUGUCAUAUUACAGUUCCCUGUCAAAGCGUUGAUGGCUUAUACAACUCAGCCUUUACACUUUGACCAGUUCUACAAGAAGAGUCCGUUGAGUCAGGAUCAAUACUUGAUCACUGCUCUCAAAUCCAAAGACAAGUACCACCUCCAAUUCACCCUCAUGGAGCUUCUCCGCGUGGCUCACAUCCCCGCCUCCCGCAAGGCCCUCUUUGACAACAUAUCCAGAUCUCCCGUCCCCGUCCUCGCCCUCUGGGAAGACCUUCUUCUCCACUUUGGCACCGUCCACCACACCCUGAUCACCCGCGGCUCCACCUCUCGCCCCCUCACCCCCGCCCAGCCUUCCACCUCCUCCUCUGCCCAAGCCAUUCCCAUCAAGCAAGGCGACAUCUUUCGUCCCCAGCCCCAAGCCAAGUCUUCAUCAUUCAACAUCAAAGCCGCUUUCGACGGACCUAUCCGGCCUUCUGCCCCUCCUCCCGCUGUGGCAAAGGAAAUCUCGAAAGUCGGUGAUCUGGCCAAGAAGAGGAUUGGAGAGGCACAAGGCAUGGCGUUGGGGAGGAUUGAAGCGACGGGGGUUGGGGCGAGUUUUGUUGGAGAGGCGAGGGUUGCGCGGAGGGAUGUGCAUGAGUGGGCAGGGAGAGAGUGGGCCAGGAGGUCGGUGAGAGUUGUGCUGGGAGAUGCGGUCAUUGUGCAGAGGGUCAUUGACAUCAUGGUGCUCUUGGCAGGCGCUUCAAUUCAAGAAGAUACCUACGGCAACGUCCAGCAAGUGCUUCCCUCGACCCUUGAAGCAAUAGUCCGAUUCCGGGAUGCCGUCAAGCUGUUUGAGCUGGAACUUGUUGGCAAGGCGAGAGUGCUCGGGCCAGCGCAGGAGAGCGGCUUGGAAGAGAUCAAGGAGAGUCUGGGGGAGAUUGUUAACUACUGUGAAGACUCUGUGCGCAAGGUGGCUGCUGAUUUCGGGCAGAGCCUGGGGGCCUUCAGGUUCCCGCCUGUCAUUGCGCAUAGUUUGGGAGAGAUUUGCAAGCCUAGCUAUUAAGAAAGCGGGGUGUGGGGGACGAGGCUGAUUGACAUGC